AACACACAGAAUGUGCCUGCUCAAAGCACACACACACGUAUUAGUCUGUUUUUAAAAAUGCAAAGCAGGCCUCUCCUGACUUCCUAUGGACUACGCACACACCACAGCUAAAACCUCCUCAGCGUUUUGCAGCUUUGCAAUGGAGCAGGACCCAGAGUGCACAGCAGAAGGGGAGCUGCUGGAAGCUGCAAGUACAAUCGCUACGUUUUCUAUCACAGCUCCUCCUGACGAAGAACAAAGUCAACCCAAAGCUGAAGUUUCUUGUGAACUGAGCAAAGAAAAUCCAGAAAAAGACAAAGGUUCCAAGGACCAAGAUUCCAAAGCAUCCCUACAUCCCAACUCUUCAAUGACGACUAAGGAGCUUCAGGAAUACUGGAGGAAUGAAAAAAGCCAGUGUAGACAGGUCAAGCUCCUAUUUGAAAUUCCAUCAACCAGAAUUGUAGAGCACCACUUGUCUAAAUACGUGAUGUAUAAAAUCAUAAUUUUGCAAACUGGAAGCUUUGACAGCAGCAAGUCUGUAAUCGAACGGCGUUAUUCUGAUUUUGAGAAACUGCACAGAAAUCUUCUGGAGGACUUCAGCGAGGAAAUGGAAGAUAUGACCUUUCCAAAAAAAGCCCUAACAGGGAACUUCACAGACGAAAUAAUCAAUGAGAGAAAAUUGGCCUUUAAGGACUACCUGAGGCUUCUGUAUUCAAUGAAAUAUAUCAGGAGAUCAAAAAAAUUUAUUGACUUUUUAACAAAGCCUGAGCUUCAGGAAGCAUACGGCUGCCUGCGGGGUGGCCAGUACAACAAGGCUUUGGAAAUCCUGUUAGAAGUCAUCGGUCUGCAGGAGAGGCUGACCAGAGGCAACCCUGUUGCAACUGUCCCUACCCUCUGUGCUGUCGUGGUGUGCCACAAGGACCUGGGAAAUGCAGCAAGUGCCUUUGAAUAUGGGGAAAAGGCUCUGUCACACCUGUGCAUGCGUAGCAGUCACAAGUACUACAUUCCAUUGUUAGAAGCAAUGAUCACUUUGGCAUAUGAGCUCGGCAAGGACUUUCUGUCUUUGCAAGAGAAACUGGAAGAAUGGAAGGCAAAAAAAGAUCCCGUACGUGUUUUCUCCCUGAAAGAGCUUGCAGUUCGGGAAUAUGUAAAAUGAAUAUAAGAAGCAAUUUCUCUAAAGUGCAAAGCUGCCUGCUCCUUUUCCUGAACACAAUAUCUUGAAAGAGUAAUAAUUGGAAAUUACCUGUUAAGAUAACAUAACUUUCAUAGGGAAAAAAAAUAUCAAGUAUUUCUCAACACGCUGGGAAAUUUUAUAUUUACUCUAGACAUAAGCUUAUUAAGACUUCUGGAAAUAAACGUGUAACAAAAAGUUUUGUAUAGUUUGCUAA